GCGGGCCCCGGGACCAGGCGGCGCCGAGGCCGGUCCCUUUCCGCCCGGGGUAACUGUCCGAGUGUAAAGAAACCCCUCACCCCGUGGGCCCGAAGCCCUAGCAUCGCUUUCGGGCGGGAAAGGUAUGAACAUGGUCGUGCUUGCUUAGGACCCUGCGGGGAAUCUGAGAAGUCGCCCAAGUCUUUCUCUCCACUAAUCCUCAUGGGUUGAGUAUCACACCUAGAUACUCUGGACGUGGUUUUAUCAUAACAAUGAUCGUGGUAGAAGUACAAGGAAAAGGGGGCAACCUGUUGACAGUGAUUAUCUGUCAGGUAUCCUCUCAUGGACUUGGGUUGCUCAUGGUAGGAGUUUGACUUACCGUUGCUGCAUGCUGUGCAUGUACCUUGCUACCCGGUGCUCGGUGCUCGGUGCUCGGUGCUCGGCCGUGCAGUCUAGUGCUGGUGACCGGGAGGCCAACCACUAGGACGGGGCCCGCUGUUUCCUGGCAGCGGAAUGGACUUCUCAGUCACCGGGCUAUGGGCAGCCCCCUCACGGGCCUUCGCUCCCCAGAGGGAGUGAACGGUCCCAGUCGGCGGUGCGGGCACAGGAGGAGGCCCAUUGGAGGAUGACAAAAGGGACGGAUGAGGUCACGCUGCUGCUGGGUUGGGCGGGAAGCCGCCGCAGGAGAGGCUUGACCUCAAGGCAGCGGCCACAGCCUUGUAACCAGCACAGCUGUGCCUCCCUGCCAGCCCCGUCAGCGCAGGGUGCUGUCCAAGUGUGCCGGUUGUACCCCCGCGCCGGGGACUCAGGGAAGCCCGCUUUAAGCCUGCUGCUGGCUUACUGUCCACUUGGCAGGCAGGGUCUGCAUGUGUUCAGGCAGCUGAAGCAGCAGUGAGGCCCACGGCAGGGUGAACCAUCCGUUUGCGUUCUCUGUGGUCAGGCACCGUGUGGGACAGUUCCCAAGUGUUGUUUUACAGCUUAACCGUGGCCUUGGGGGUAGCAAACAUCCGACCGGUUUGCCCGGCCCUCCCCUCCGUGGUGAUCUCAUCCAGCCGCCUGGCUUUAAUGCCAUCUCUCCUUGACAUCUCCAUCUCCAGCCCAGCCUGCCAUCUGAGCUGCAGCCUCAGCUUUCUAGCUGCCUCCUCCCAUCUCUCUGUGUUACUUUGAUGCUAAGUAGCCACGUGCAAACUGAAACGCCCGAUCUUUACCCCCAAACACUCCUCAUGCUGCCUUCACCACCUCAGUGCAUGACAGCUCUGUUCUUGAGUUUGGAGCCACCUGGAUUCUUCUCAGGCCUCCAUACCACCCUCGGGACCAUUUAUCAUCACCCCCGGUUUAAGUCUGGUAAUAAGCCUCUUAAUUCUUCUUUUUGCUCUCACCCUUGCCCCUCUCCUCAUGAUUCUUUUACAUUGCAAGAUAAUGUAAGACGGAGGCAGUUCAGCUUGGAGCCAGCUUGCCUGGGUGGUAAAGCAGCUCCACCACUUUCUAGCUGUGUGACCUUGAGCAAGUUGCUUAACCUUUCUCGGUGCUGUGUGAGCACUGGCGAAUAAAAGUUCACGAAGGGCUUAGAAAAGGGUCCAGCUGAGAGUUGGCUGCCACUGCUGUCCUUGGGUCACGUGACCCCACUGCUUGGGCUUUCCUGUCCAGUGGCCCAUCUCAAGAUAAGAGCCAGAGUCCUGGUCUUGCUUGCUCGCACAGACCUGGCCUCCUCUCAUUUCCUGUCAGCACACUGCUCUCACCUGCUACACCACACUCCUACCCAGGGCCUUUGUUCUUUCUGUGCUUGGAGUGUCCCCUCCUCACACUCCCACUACCCACCUGGCUCACUCUCCUUACCUUCAGAUGGACAAUGGCUAUGAGGUCUUUACUGUCCAUUCUUUCUGAAGCUGCCUCCCCUUUCUCAAUUCCUUGCUUUAUUUUCUCUUGAGCACUUAUCAGUUUUUCUUAGUUGUUACUUGACCAUCUCCUGCUAAAACAUGAGCUCUGUGGGGCAGGGAUUUUGUCUGCCUGGCGUCCUCAGCAUCUAGGAUAGUGUGUGUGUGUGUGUGUGUGUGUGUGUGUAUGUGUGUGUGUGUGCAGGCUACAUUGAAGGGGUUUAGCAAACACUUGUUGAAUGAGUAGUGAAAGCUUGCAGAGGGAAGGUAAGGAACUUGUUCAGAGCUGCCCCACUGUGGGGCUUUGCACCUUGAGCUGCUGCCUCCUGGGGCUGGGCAGUUUUUCCUGAUCUUCCAAGAAGCACACACUUUCUCUCCACAGCUCUCCAACCUCACCCUAUGCACCUCUUCAAGGCUUCCUUCAGCUGUUAUCAUUGUCAUCUUUGCUUUGUGCUUCUACCACAUGGCUACUUCUUAGCCUUUUAAUAUGGUAGUAGGCAUUCCCUCUCCUGUGCUGCCACUUGUCUUCAAUCCUCCCAUCUCCUUAUGUCUUCUUCAUUUUAGUUUUUGUUUUUUGGGUUUUUUUUAGCCCCAAGAGUCACAUUUGGCCCUAGCUUGAGUCUGGACAGACCUGCCAGGUGCUGAGGGGUUUGGUCCUGGUCUGAUCUGUGUUCUGUAGCUCUGGGCAUGCUGACCUGCUUGUCCUUCUCUUAAAAUGAUCUUUCUUGGUUGGCAGGAAACUGGUCUUACUCUACUCAGUGUUCCUGGUGCCUCUCUGGUUGCAGCCUCCUUAGUGUUUGCCUGCAGCUCAGUCUAUCUGUCCUUAUCUAUGUGCUGCAUUUCCUUCAUCCUUAGCACCUUUGACAGACACAUCUCUGGGGAGGUAUUGUGUUAAAUUACCAUUGAAACCAGAACAGUAAGGACAUCUUAGAAUCUUGGAAAUAGAGUGACAGCUUGGUGAUCAUUGCCCUUCCAACUGUGUCCAGGUCGUGGGGACCUUACUUGUCUCUGGUAGUGCCUCCCUCAGAGUAGACAGCCAGUAUUUGUUCAAAGACUUGAUUAAACAAGCCUCUGGUUUUUAUGUUGUGCCAGCUGCAAAAUACAACCACCAUACUCUGUCCCAUCACCACAAACUUUUUAAACAUGUGAUGUCUGCUGAUUCCUGUCUAUGCAACCAGUCAUGCUGCCCUGUGCAUAUAUAGGCAUGCAUGUGCAUAUCUGCACCGUGUGCAUGGCAUAUUUACAUGUAUGUCUGUCUGCACUGUGUGUGAGCCUGCAUGUGCUUUGCUCUGAUGCUCAGGCCUCCUGCAGACCUCUGGGUUUUGGAUUGCCCCUCUGAGCUGCCUUCCAGCCUCAUACCAGUCCGUUUGUCAUGCUUUCUCUGGAGUGAAGCUUCUCAGAGCUGCGUCCUCAACCCUGUUCUUGGUCUCUAUUCCCUCUCUGGGCAGCCUCUCUUCUGUGGCUUUGACGACUACCACCUCUUGAAUGUGUUCUGGCCCGUAUUCUCAGGACCAGUUAGUUCCAGAGCGGUGACCUCAGCUCCUGUUGGACAGGGCUCCUGCCCGAAUGCUGAAACACAUGCGUCCCUCCAGGGGAAAGCCUCAUUUGCUCUCAGUUCCCUCUUGUCUGUGCUCUCCACCUCUACCCAGUCAGCAGAGUGGUUAGUAUGGUGUCUUCACUGUUCCUGAAGGCUCCUGUUCUUUCACGCCUUGGCCCUCUGGCCUCGAGGACUCCUACCCCUUGGGCAUAGGGACUGUGCCUGGAGCAGUGGUUAGCUUCUUUUCUCAAAUAAGGAUUAAACUGUGGCAUGAGAGUCAACUCACCCUGUGUGGCUCCUCAUUGCCCCCAGGAUGGAGCCAGGCUCCAGAUGGUACCUAGAACUCCCUGUGCCUUGGCUCCAGCUGUCUCCUGCAGCUGCCCCACCAACCCUGGCCUGGCUCCCUUCCCACAGCCACCACCCCUUCCUCUACUGGGAACAGAACCACGCCACCUCUGGCGACUUCAGCACGCUGCAUCACUGUCCCGGUCCACGUGCCACCUUGUGGGCCCAGGAGAGCCCUGGGGUUCCAGGGUAGCAGAGCGCCCGGCUGUACCUCUGAGGCCCUAGUGCUGCAGAGUUGAGCUGAGGGUCUCGUGCUCACCCUCUGACUGACCCAGCCCUAGCAGGUAGAAGAAGAAAGGUGCCACUUUGGCAUGAAGACAGACUCGCUUAGUCGUCAGUCAUUUAAGCUGAGUGCAUUGUGAUUUCCAAUAAUUGAGGCAGUGGUUCUAAAAGCUGUCUACAUUAAUGAAAAGAGCAAUGUGGCCAGCUUGACUAAGCCGCCAGUGUGUGCAGCGCGGGCAGGACGGCACCGGGUCUCGACGGACUUGUGCAUGUUAGCAGUAUAGAUUUAUGUGAGGUUUUUAAAAACUGGUCUUUUAAAAUAGUUUUAACCACUUUUACUAUGGAGACAUAUGAGAGUCCCUCUCCUCUCCCGCGUGAGCCCGCAGGAGAAGCGGUGAUGGAGAAACGUGCUUGCCCCCUCCAAGCGCUGCCCCGUGAACAGUCUCCACCACCUCCCCUGCAAACGUCCAGUGAUGCAGAGGUAAUGGACGUUGGCUCUGGUGGUGAUGGACAGGCCGAACCCCCUGCUGAGGACCCACUCAACUUCUACGGAGCUUCUCUUCUCUCCAAAGGAUCCUUCUCUAAAGCCCGUCUCCUCAUAGACCCGAACUGUAGUGGCUACAGCCCGCGCACCGCCCGGCACGCACCUGCGGUCCGGAAGUUCUCCCCUGACCUUAAGUUGCUUAAGGAUGUAAAGAUUAGUGUGAGCUUUACCGAGAGCUGCAGGAGUAAGGACAGGAAGGUGCUGUACACAGGAGUGGAGCGCGACGCUCGUGCGGAGUGCAGUCUGGCCCUUAGCCCUGUCAGUGGAGACAUGCAUGCUUGUCCCUUUGGCGGGAGUGUUGGUAAUGGGGUAGGCAUAGGGGGUGAGAGUGCUGAUAAGAAGGAUGAGGAGAAUGAUCUGGAUCAGGAAAAGAGAGUGGAGUAUGCAGUGCUCGAUGAGUUAGAAGAUUUUACUGACAAUUUGGAGCUAGAUGAAGAAGGAGCAGGCGGGUUCACGGCUAAAGCAAUCGUGCAAAGAGACAGAGUGGAUGAAGAGGCCUUGAAUUUCUCCUACGAGGAUGAUUUUGACAACGACGUUGAUGCUCUGUUGGAAGAGGGCCUUUGUGCUCCCAAAAAGAGGAGAGUGGAUGAGAAAUAUGGAGGAGACAGCGACCAUCCAUCUGAUGGAGAGACAAGUGUGCAGCCAAUGAUGACCAAGAUUAAAACAGUGCUCAAAAGUCGUGGCCGCCCACCUACAGAACCAUUGCCUGAUGGGUGGAUCAUGACAUUCCAUAACUCCGGAGUCCCUGUGUACCUACACCGAGAGUCUCGGGUGGUCACCUGGUCGAGGCCGUACUUCUUGGGAACGGGAAGCAUACGGAAACAUGACCCUCCUCUGAGUAGCAUCCCCUGUCUGCAUUACAAGAAAAUGAAGGACAACGAGGAAAGGGAGCAAAACAGUGAGCUUUCCCCUAGUGGGGAGGUGUCCCCUGUCAAGCCCCUCAGUCGAUCUGCAGAGCUGGAGUUUCCCCUGGAAGAGCCUGAUUCCAUGGGGGCCGACACGGGGCCCCCAGAUGAGAAGGAUCCACUGGGGGCUGAGGCUGCCCCUGGGGCCCUGGGGCAGGUGAAGGCCAAAGUUGAGGUGUGCAAAGACGAAUCAGUUGAUCUUGAGGAAUUUCGGAGCUACUUGGAGAAGCGUUUUGACUUUGAGCAAGUUACUGUAAAGAAAUUCAGAACUUGGGCCGAGCGGCGGCAGUUUAACCGAGAAAUGAAACGUAAACAGGCGGAGUCUGAGAGGCCCAUCCUGCCGGCCAAUCAGAAGCUCAUUACUCUAUCUGUGCAAGAUGCACCCACAAAGAAAGAAUUUGUCAUUAACCCCAACGGGAAAUCGGAGGUCUGCAUCCUGCACGAGUACAUGCAGCGUGUCCUCAAGGUCCGCCCGGUUUAUAAUUUCUUUGAAUGUGAGAACCCAAGUGAGCCUUUUGGCGCCUCGGUGACCAUUGAUGGUGUGACCUAUGGAUCUGGAACUGCAAGCAGCAAAAAACUUGCGAAGAAUAAAGCUGCUCGAGCUACGCUGGAAAUCCUCAUCCCUGAUUUUGUUAAACAGACUUCUGAGGAGAAGCCCAAAGACAGUGAAGAGCUGGAGUAUUUUAACCACAUCAGUAUCGAGGACUCGCGGGUCUACGAGUUGACCAGCAAGGCCGGACUGUUGUCUCCCUAUCAGAUCCUCCACGAGUGCCUUAAAAGAAACCAUGGGAUGGGUGACACAUCCAUCAAGUUUGAAGUGGUUCCUGGUAAAAACCAGAAGAGUGAAUAUGUCAUGGCGUGCGGCAAGCACACAGUGCGCGGCUGGUGUAAAAAUAAGAGAGUUGGGAAGCAGUUAGCCUCUCAGAAAAUCCUUCAGCUCCUGCACCCACAUGUCAAGAACUGGGGGUCUUUACUACGCAUGUAUGGCCGUGAAAGCAGCAAGAUGGUCAAACAGGAGACCUCAGACAAGAGUGUGAUCGAGCUGCAGCAGUAUGCCAAGAAGAACAAGCCGAACCUGCACAUCCUAAGCAAGCUGCAGGAGGAGAUGAAGAGGCUGGCCGAGGAGAGGGAGGAGACGCGGAAGAAGCCCAAGAUGUCUAUUGUGGCAUCUGCUCAGCCUGGUGGCGAGCCCCUGUGCACUGUGGACGUGUGAGGAGGUGGUGGACCGGGCAUGGGGGCUGCCAGCUCUGUGCCAGGAGACCAUGCACCGCUCACUCUGCAGCCUCUCAUCUCCAAUCUAAGUUCCUCCCCUGCAGCCACAUGUCUGAGGCUGGGGCCAGAGGGGUGGGGCUCCAGUGUAUGGGGACAGCCAGGGCCACAUUCUACUAUACCAUUUCCUUGUGGGCCACCCACAGGUCUGAGUGGACGUGUUCAAGCAUCAGCUCAGCCUGCCCGUGCAGGUGGAAGCUGAGCUUGGAGAUGACCUAUGCUUUUACGGAUUUGCUGCAGACUGGUUUUAUGAAGAUUUUCAUGAAUUUUAGUAUGUAACAUGCACUGACAAGAAAUGAUAGUUGGAUCACAGAUGAAAUGAGAAGUGAUGGCCAAGUGCUAUGGCGCCCUGUGUCUAGGGCUCCUGCAGGCCACUGCAGGAACCUGGUCAGAAGGCGCAUGCUGGCACACCAUCCCCUUUCCUGCCUCCUGUGUUUUCCCCUUUUUUCCCCUGAAAAUGUAACAGGAAUGAGUAUUUCAGACCUUUUAGGUUUAAAAUAAACACAAUUUUAGCAUCAGAACUAUUUUUCAGAGAUUGCAGGCAAAUCAAGGUGAUUAUUUUUCAGCCAGUGUGUUUCUGCCUGGCUUGUUUCCCAAGCCCUGAGCUGGGUUGUGAUCCAUUUUUCGAAGUCUUUUUAAAAAAUUAGUUUUUUUUUUUAUUGAUUUGAGAGAGAGAAAAGCAAUCAAUUUGUUGUUCCACUUAUUUAUGCAUUUAUUAGUUGAUUCAUGUAUGUGCCCUGACCAGGGAUCAAACCCGCAAACUUGGCAUAUCAUAUCAGGACGAUGCUCUGACAAACUGAGCUAUCCACCGGCCAGGGCCUUCUGAGUAAGUCUUAAUGCCCUAAAAACACACCUAGGCUGGUUACCUUCACUGGCCUUUAGCAACUUUUUACUAAAGAUUUUUGCACAGUCAAAUCUCUCUAUCCACUCUUCAGUUUUUAAAGCUUUUAUGAUAUUUUAGCAUUUGGAAAGAAACUUUUACAGUGUGUAGAAGAUAGAUUUGGAAUCAUGUAGCAGAUAUAAACAAUUAAUGAAUUUUAGCACGUGGGUUUAUUUAAGAAGAGGGAACAAGGACCCGUAGUGCAAUCCAUUCUUGAUCACAAACUGGCACUCCUCUCCAGAUUUGGUGCAAGCACAUGGAUGGUAGCUUCACUGGAUUUCAAAGGCAGCUGCCCUGUGCAGCCAGGUCUGGUAACCAGCUCACUCCUCUGACCAGCAGCCUGUGCUCUCCAGGUGGCCCCUGUGGACAGGUGCAGGGUUAGAUGUGACCCUGCUCUGAGUCCCAGAGGGUGCGGGGGCCCUUGGUUGUCCCCCACAUGUAAGGUAGUGGUGGUUAGCCUUUGGUUUCCUGUUCCCAGCACCUCUUCAGGGUGCCACAUGCUCAUGGUGCACUGCCAGAUACAGGAGCCCAGUGCUGGGUUGCAUUGUUAUGUUCUUUGGGUGUGCCUGUCCACCACAUCCCCUGUGGAUGGUGUUUUGUUUCCAGGAAGACAAUUGGUGGUGUCUGCUUCCGGGAAGACAAUGUUGGCCUUGUAGGCCACCCAGUGUAUCCCUCCCUCAGCACCCAUGUGACCAAGGUUAGCUUCUGUGUUGACCUUUAUAAAACAGAGUCCUCAA